CGACGGCGUUGGGGGUACGAGGUGUCAGCGCCACCUCCGUUAUUGGAGGAGGACGAAGACAGUGACCUUUCAGAGACAACUUCACUUCGAGAUGAAAGGUUACUCCGGUUUUCACCUUUAGAAUCCUCAUAUGAAAAGGCCUGCUCGGAACGCCGAGGCAGCGCCCCCACUACUCCCAUUCUUGGGCCCCGAAACAUGGAUGCAUCAACUCCUUCCCGUUUUGCGAACUUUUUCUCUAAGAGAUCUUUCAAAAGCAACCCUUUGAAACGGACAAAAAGUGUUACCAAACUUGAAAGGAAGCGAUGCACAAUAGAUGGUGACAGUGUUCCACCUUCACGGCUUCGUACCUCUCGGUCCCAUGAAUCUCUGUUGCAGUCUAGUCCAAGUGUACUGCAAAGGCUGGACCUUUCUCAAGGGGAUGUGCAGGUGAUGUCACUACAUGGUAGUCUUCUGGGUCAAGAUCAUUGCUUCCAGCUGACCUCUAGUGGAGGGACCACAUAUUAUUCAUGUCGCACUGCAGAAGAGAGAGAUAAAUGGGUUAACAGUUUACGUCAGUCUAUUAAUCCUCAACAAGAUAACGUGAGACGAACAGAAAAUUCCCUAAAAAUAUGGAUACUGGAAGCAAAAGGAAUCUCUUCAAAAAAAAGGUACUUCUGCGAGUUAUGUUUAGACAAAACUCUGUAUGCAAGGACAACUUCCAGACAGAAAGCUGACAUCUGUUUCUGGGGAGAACAUUUUGAAUUCAACAAUUUGCCUCAAGUAGAUACCAUCACAGUCAAUUUGUAUAGAGAAGCAGACAAGAAAAGACGGGAUAAAAACACGUUGUUAGGUGCAGUACAAAUUCCUGUGACUAGCGUAAAUAGUAGGCACAUGAUAGAAAAAUGGUAUCAAGUUUUGACAGAAAAAAAUGCUGGAAACAAAGAUGCCCCUUCAGUAAGGAUCAAAGCACGAUUCCAAACAAUAGACAUUCUACCACUUUCCUUAUAUAAUGAGUUUUUACAGUACCUGAAACUGGAGUACAAGUUUCUUUGUGAAAUUUUAGAGCCUGUUAUUAGUGUUCGUGCAAAGGAGGAAAUAGCCACCACAUUAGUCCACGUCAUGCAGAGAGAAAAUAUGGUCAAAGAUUUUCUUGCAGAUGUUGUAAUGGAUGAUAUUGAAAAGAUUGAUGACCAACACUUGACUUUCCGAGGAAACUCCCUUGCCACAAAGGCUACAGAAGCCUACAUGAAACUCCUAGGAGAUAAGUAUCUACAAGAUACACUGGGAGAGUUUGUUCGAACAAUUCUAGAAGGCUCAGAUGACUGUGAGGUGGAUCCCAGUAAGGUAUCCAAUAAUGCAGUUCUCCAACGGCACCAGUCUAACCUUUUAACUUAUGUAGAGAUGGCAUGGGUGAAAAUUAUCAAUUCUGCACACAACCUCCCAUAUGAACUAAGACAAGUAUUUUGUGAGUAUCGAGAAAGAUUAGCAGCCAUGGGAAGAGAAGAUGUUAGUGACAAUCUGAUCAGUGCAUCAGUUUUUCUAAGGUUUCUAUGUCCAGCAAUUUUGUCACCAAGUCUUUUUAAUCUGACCCAAGAAUACCCACAAGAUAAAGCAGCCCGAAACUUGACCCUCAUCACCAAAACUAUUCAAACAUUAGCAAACUUUACCAAGUUUGGUGGUAAAGAAAAUUUUAUGGAAUUCAUGAAUGAGUUUGUGGAGAAGGAAUGGAGUACUAUGAAAACCUUUCUUUGGCAAAUUUCUAGUCAUUUGUCUAAGGAUCACCAUUCUCAGUUAGAGUUUGAUGGCUAUAUAGACUUAGGAAGAGAGCUGUCUGUCCUUCACUCCCUACUUACAGACUGUCUUUCUAGAAUUAACAAAAAGUGUCAUUACGAACAAGUUGAGGCUUUAGAGCGCAUCUUGGAUGGAGUUUCAGCUGCAACAACCCAACCAACCUAUUUCCGACAGGUCAGUGCCCCUCCUCCAAGUGAAAAAGCCAAAGAACAGCUAGCAACAGCUUGUCAGGACACUGAAAAACCCAAUUACCAAAGUCUACAACUCACAAAAAUGUCUUCUUCCAACAGUAAAAAGAGUGGAGAACUAUCAAGUCAGAUACCAGUAAAUGGCUGUAUUUCCACAUCAACAUCACAUCAGUCGGUUAAUACAGAAAAUUCUUCACCAAAAUCACCACAUAAGUCAUCUACUCUGCCCAGAAAUACUUUUCUGCCAGGACCCAGUAAAAAAGCAGCACGAGACUUAUCAACAGCUGAUGAUUAUGUUUUAUUCAGUGCAUUAGAAAAUGACCUAAAGUCUGACCAGGUCCAGUUUUCAUCUACCAAAGAGAAAUCAACAUAUGGUAGUAGAGGAACACACUGCAGCACAUACUGUCGACCAAAUACUGUCCUUCCACUUAAACUCACGCAGUCAGUGUACAGUGAAGCCUCAGUCAGUGAAGCUUAUCCAUCAGAGUCUAUUUGUGUGGGUAAAGGAAUUCAAUGUGCAGAUAACAAUACUCCUUGUCCUAUCAUUCACCCAAAUCAAGAUUCAACUUACUGUUUGUCAGAGCUAAGAAAAGAAGCGGAGGGACUGACUGAAAGAUUUAGUCGACCCAACAGAAAAGAUUAUCCAGAUAUCAUAACAUUAGCUCCAGAUGAUGAUCCUUCAAAUUCUUCUGGAGAACUGGAUUAUCACAACAUUCAGGGAAGUCAGAUGUCCAUUAGUCAGCUGUCUACCAUGGCAUCGUCUGGCUACCAAUCCAUAGCCUACAGCCAGUCCAGCUCGCCUGUGGAUCUGCUUCAUCUGGAAACACAUGCUUGCCAUCAGGUAGCACCACCUCUAGCUUUCAACAAUCCUAUGUAUCACUUUCGUAAAAGUGGCAGCCCACGACAUGACAACACCAAACCCAUUCAGCCCAUCAGAGAUAGAGAAUCUGUGAGCAGUUCCCUAAGUAGCAACCACAGUGUUGAAGAUCUGUCAAUUGUUGGCAGACCAUGCUUAGGAAAUGCAGAGUCAGCACCAGUGGUCUCCAUGGUUUUAUCUCACUGUUAUCCCCCUUCUUCUUCCUCAGAAGGAGAUAGCUGUGAGUCCAGCCCUCCAAGAGAUCGUCACGCACCUUUCAAAUCAAGUGCUCCACGUACAAAUCCCCGAUAUCCCAGCUUACACAAGGUUGCAUCAUCAAAAGUGGCAUCUCAUUAUUGUAACACUUGUCCACGGGAGACUGGUCUUCGCAGGCAUAAGGGUGAAUGUCGAAUAUCCAUUGAUGUUGCCAAAAUAAAUGGGAGAAAAGUAGAAGAUUUGUGGGAUAGUGAUUCCCAAGAUUCUGCCUCUGAGCUUCAGGGAGCAUUGUCCAAAAAACAAUCACCUCAGAGGGGAAAAGCUCUUCACAGAAAAAAUUGUAAAGUAAAGAAAACCAUUGAAGAGUAUGAACAAGAAAUAGAAAAUCUAAAACAUUUAAUGACUGAGCUACACAGUAAACUGAAUCAGGCGGAAGAGAAGAUGUCUCGACAAGAGUUCACCACAGAGCAAGUUAUGGCUGACUGGCAGGCUAAGUUAGAAGCUGGUGAGGAGCGUUUGAAGAAACAGCAAGAAGAAAAAGAUCAGCAAAUGAAAAGCAUCAUUACCAGGUUGAUAACUGUAGAAGAGGAGCUGCGACGUGAGCAGCAGGAAAUGCAAGAGCUAAUUGUAAUCAAGCAGAAGGUGAUUGAAGCACAAGAGAGAAAAAUCCAUUCUCUUGAUUGUGCCAACAUGCGACUGAUGAAUGCACUGAGCCAGCUGAAGGAACGUUACAAACUUCAGGGACAAAAUGGAUUGUCAAAUUCUUCUCCAUUAAAAGUAGCUCUCAUGGAAAAUGGAGAACUUCCUUACAAGAGUAGUUCCUGCUAGUUUGAAUCCAGUUGAAUGUCAGUUUACUUAAAGGCUUCCACCUAGAUGACUUGUGCCUCCAUGAUGUGGUGCUAGCAGGUUGUUGCUAUUAAAUGUAUCAGCCAGUGGUGUACUUUGCUUUGGGAUUUUAGAAAAAGCUAUAUUAUUUGUCACAUUUUCUCACUACUGGUUUUCAAAAUAAAUUUAAUUAUAUUGUUUCUUCAAAAAACAAAUGCAAUAUUGUAUGAAUACUUAAGUAGUUGAGUGCUGUUAUUUUUAUUGUACUUUUAACAGUAUUUCUCUUACAUUGAUGCAUAUUAUUAUAAUUGUGUACUAUAUUAAAAUUGGUAUGUCAAAUGAAUACCAGAAUCUUCUAUUAUCACCCAACUUUCCUUAAGUUCUUAUUAAAACUGUAGAUACCUAGAUUUUCUGUUUCAUAAAUUAUUGGCAAGAAAAAAAAAGACAAUAUGUUUCUUGCAACAAAUUAUUUUCUUUUUUGUUUUCACUCAUGCAAACUAUUUGGAACGUUUUAACAGUUUCAAAAACUUUAGGAUGAAUCAGCAAUUUAUUUUUUCAGUUCUGUGGAUGCAUUUGAUAAAUUUAUUGUAAAUUUGUUUGAAUAUUUCUUCAGAAUUCCAAUGAUGUUAGAUUUGCAUGGUGGAGUUUUGUUUUUGUUGAGCCUUCUCUGUAAUUCCUGUGAAAACUUUCUGAAUUCUCAUAAUCCUGAAAUCAUACUAAAUUUUCUAAGGCUCUUUCAGUGUGUAAGUGUUGCCUGUUUUGUAGUCUAGUAUAGGUCUAUUAACUUUCAGUGUGUAAACCUUCAUUCAUCUUUUGACAUCUCAUUAUCUCUAGGUUGCUGUUAAAAUGUAAGAUAAGGGUAUUAUGAGAUUACUCUGUAUACUUUUAUUACAUUUGUUACUUCCCAGAAAUUGCUAAGUAUUUUAUUUAGUUAGUCAGAUGUUACCAGUGAUAUUUAAUAAUUGAUUAUAAUUAAAAUACAUUUGUAUUCUUUGUUGUUCUACCCAUCAAAUUAAGACACUAAAUGCUCUUAAUACUCUGAACCAAACACUGACCAAAAUCAGUCUGUACUUUAUUUGGAAGCAAUGAAACUAGUCUACUGUUUUAAUUCCAACUAGGUACAUCACUGUUUUUUUUCACUGGUUUUAUGUUGCUGUGUAGGUGCCCCCCAUCCAACCUGCCACAAAAGUGCAUUUAUUUUAUCCAGUAGAAAAAAAACAGAAAAUAAAUUUACAAUAUAAAUAAAGUUUGUGUUUAGCAGUUUAUAGUAUUCAUAAUUUAACAGUGAAAUUUUAACAACUUUUCUGGGCAUCACUUGAAUGUUUUUAUGAAACUUGAGUGUUGUUGGAAAAUUUAGAGAAUAUUUUGUUCUUUUUUUUAUCUUUUUAAUACUUGUCUGUUUCGUUGAAGGGCACACAUGUGGAACGUUUAAAAAUAUUUCUAAGUAGAACAUCUGUGUUUGAACUGGUUUAACAGUAUAUCAGUAUAUAUUUUCAACUUAUUGAUGCUUGAUAAUGUUUUAUUAUCAUGUUUUCACAUUUUUUCUCAUUGUAUUGAAUUAUGCAAUUCAUCACUUUUGAAGCAACUUGGGUGGGCCACCUUCUGAAAAGUUUUGUUUUAUUCACAGCAGGUUGCUGUAUGUUAGUGUACAUGUAUAUAUGGAUUGUGUCAAAAAUCAUUUUAUCCAACAGCUUUGAAAGCUGUCAUAGUUUUAUCCACACAUCCUCUUUUUGGGUAUUUCAGUUUAUGUGCUCUUGCAUCUUGAUUGUCAUAGGAUAAUAACUGUAUUUGUUAUUUCAUAAAACCAUGUAAGUUCUGUGAAACAAGAUAUUUUACUUUGUAUAUUAAUGUUUUGCUUUGAUGUUCACAUAGAUUUAGAUAUUUUUAAGAAUGUCUAGAGGCUUUGAAAAUGAAGACACAACUAUGUGUUUUGUGAUAUGUGGUUUGUAAUAUUUUGCUUAAAGAUAUACAAACUGAUGAGGAGAAAAGAUGUUAGGUUUUCAAAGUGCUAUAGAGUGAGAGUUUACAAGUCAUAACGUUUCAAUUUUAUUUCAUUGACCUGUGUAAGUAUCAGUUUUUUUCUGUGAUUUCAGUAUUGUAUUUUUGUCAUUGCUGAAACCACAUCUACAUUUCAGGCUCAUUACAUACAGCCAUAGAUUUUUGAUGAAAUCGUCCAAAUAAACAAAAUAAUCAUGGAGAUAUUCUUAUUUCUCUACACUUUAAAUGGAAGCACUUUCAGGCAAACAAAAAAAUUUAAUAAACCUCAGAAACAUUGUUAGCCCUUGGAUAUAAGACUUUCCAGAUUAAAAAAAAAGAAGUUUACUAAACCAUUGUAAUACUUUUAAUCUUUAACGUUGAAGCUCUUCUCUCGAAAUAGGUAAAAUAACUACAUUAGACUUCAAUAAUGCUGUUAGUAUUUGAAUUUACAUUAGUUUUGCAGAAUUGGAAGUUUCUUAAAAAUAUUUCAAACUUGGAUAUCCACUUUUCUCUGAAAAAUACUAUGUAGUCUCCAUAGUAGAUCUAUGUAAAGCAUAAAA